CGACCUCCCCUUCAUUUCUUCCGAUAGUGGUUGCACCCAUACCACCUGGAAGUGUUUGCUUCGCUAGCAGGUCAGGCUUUGCGGCCCAACAUGGAGCGGCCCGGAAGCCCGACCUCCCGCGUCCGAGCUCCCACAGCCGUGCAGAGCGACCCGGCCUCGGUGACCCUGACGCAACUUGUGCAGCUGGUCCAGCAGGGCCAGGAGCUCCCGGGCCUGGAGAGCCGCGACAUCGUGGCGACCCAAGGGGAGCCCACGGCGUCCCAGCUCCCGCGGAGGCCCAAGCCCUGGGAGGCCGCGGCCUGUGUGCCGUCCCGCGCGCCGCCGACUGUCGGCUGGAGGAGCCGCCCCGAGCCCGGCUCGGCCGAGGUGUCGACUGCGCGGCCGUAAACGGUACGUGGUGGUUCCUGAGGCUCGAGGCUCUUUGCAGCGCAGACCUGGCGGGCGCGACUACGUUCUGCGCGAACUGGGGACUCUGGUUGCCGGCCUUCACCCCGACCGUCUCAGCUGACUGGAUGCUCGUGGGGCGUCAUCGUCAGGAUAGCUUUGUUUCCUUACUUCUGGACCGUGAGCCUCAGCUAAAAGCUUCGAAAACCUAGCCCCAGUCCUUACGUGUAACUGAAGCAGGUUUUAUGCUUUACUAUCUUUGACGCAGCCCUGUUUUUUUCAUGUACAAAUUGCUACUUGGGUCACACUAACGGGGUUUGACUCCCUGGGGGAAGCACUGCCUAGGGUCUAACAAUUCCUUAUCCUGGUGGUAGUGGAAAAGUGAAUCUGGGAUCUAAAUCGAGUUUUUAGACAUCCAUUCUCCAGAUGGGUAGCUAAUAAAGCUUUGAUCAUAAAACUUACACCGAGGAUGACUUUGAAGAUACAUUAAGUGAAGAAAAAAAUCCAACAUGUGGAAUUCUGUCUAUAGUUUACCAUGCUUUAAACAUGUUAGUGUAUUCACAGAUUUUAUCUGGGAAAAUUCCAUGAAAAACUAAUGGAAAAAGGGGAUGGGAAAAACUGCAGACCACUCAAACCUUUAUUUGUUCCACGUGCAGUGCAAAUAAUAAUUUUACAAAAAAAUUUUAAGUUGAAUGAAAUCCCAAAGCAUUAAAAAAAAGCCAACCAACAACAAAAACCCUGGAACCCUUGGCUCUGGAACCAGCUAGGUCAGGUGCGAAGCUAGAGAUUUAGCCCAAGGAGGAAAAGCUCCCACGACCUUCUGGUUAGUCUCCUUAGUAGGCCAUGUGGUUCACUGCACCUAUUCUUGCUCCCUAAAACUUGUUUUCCCUGCAAACCUAGAACCUAACAGGUGUAUACAUGGCAUGUCAAGAGCAACUCACGUUGGUAUACACUAUCUACAGACUAAUACAUGGAGCUAGCUUUCCCAGAAAUAAGAAUCUACAUUUUUAGGGAAUGAUUUAUCAUGGGACGCUAAGCAGCAGUACAUAAUUUUUUGAUCCAUUCUUCUAUUUAUACAAAAUUCUAAGUUAAAAAACUAUUCAGCUUAAUCUUUUAAACAAUCCUGUGAAGCAGACAAAAAAUCGUUGCUGUGAAGUCGAUUCCAACUCAUAGCAACCCCACAGGACUGCCCCACAGGUUUUCCAAGGAGCUGCUGGUGGAUUCAAACUGCCAACCUUUUGGUUAGCAGCCAAGCUCUUAACCACAGAGCCACCAGGACUAGAUGUUCUAAGCCCCAUUUUAUAGGCACAAGUGGAAACAUUGUUCCCACAAUUAGUACAAGAUAAAUCUGGAACAUAAACCCUAGGCUUCCAUCCUCACAACUAGUUUUUCCCAUGACUUCAUGACACAUCACCUUAAUCUCGUUUCACAGUGCUUUACAGUGUAUUAACUCUUAAGCCAAGCAACCUCAUAACCUGGCACAUUUUAAGGCAUUGUUAUACCUUGAACUCAAUUUCACAGCUAUGUUUGAGACUCCCAUGAGCCGAAAUUGCAGCAAAACUGAUCUGAAGGGACCAGAGAACACAACAGUUAAGCAUUAAUCUUGGCCUGAUAGACCCUCAUCAACUGCUUAGAUGGGAGGUUGAAAGGGAAAGCUCAUUGAGAGCAGACAUUGAUGAUAAAGACAAGCAGGAUCAGACGCCCUUUGUUCAGGUCUAACACCCCAGAAGCCCUUUUGUUGGUCUACUACAUCACUGUCAGCAGGGCAGAGGGCAUUAUUUCUGAAGUUCAGAAUACUUAAGGUAAAAGCAACACCAAGAAGGGUCUAAAUAAGUUGCCUGCCUAGGGCCUAAAAGACAAAAAACCUGUAGUGCUAAUGUCAUCCAUGCCAAACGGAGCAAAUGGUUCACUCCUUCCUGAUCUAGGUUGUACAAAAUUCCACCUUGAAGCCCAGCAGAAACAAGGUGGGCAUUUCCCCAAGUUACAGACGGUGUGGGGACCUUGGGCACCUACCACUGUGUUGUUAGUAUGAAUCACCUAAUUGGUUUGAAGGGAAAAAGCUAUCUUUUUAAGUUUUGGUCCUCCCCAGGAUAUGGAGCCAGAGGAGGCUAUCAUGGGCAGGAACCUGGGUGACCAAUCCUGAUAGAGCAGGACUUCCUCCAUAGGUGCACGAGUCCUUGAGGAAAAGGGUCUACAACAUCCUAAAAUUCCAAGAAUAUUUUCCUAGGGAAGGGAUCCUUCUCACAGAUCUUCAACAAGGUCUGUAAUCCAAGAAUAAGUUAAAAUUCUGAGUUGGAGAAAAAGACUAAGCCAGUUGCAAGCUAGGAUAAAGAAAACAGUAGAUACAUUCUUAGAGCCUACCACAUUUGAAAGCUGUCAAAUUUGUCAGUGAAAAAACUGCAACACAGACUUACAGCAGAAACAACUGAGUACUUGUUUGUGUGUACUUCUAAUUGUAUUUCAAGCUCUUUCCAAGACAAGGCCCUAGGAUCCCCCAAGUCAAUAUGUCCCUGGGCUUGGUCCACUGCUGCAGAGCCUUAUACACAUGCUUGGGUAUUCAUCAACAUUAAAUCCCAGGAUAAAAGAUGUGACAAAGCAGAACACCCUCUUCAACGGCAACUAUGAGUCCUUUGCUGAUUUCAGAGGCGGCAGUGGCCAUGUGGAAAACACUGGCAUUUUUCCUUGGGACUGGGCUUUAUAAGAGAGGUGCCUGCCAUAGACACACCCACUGUUCUUUCCCUUCCAGUUUCUGAAGGCGUAACAGAAAAUAAUCUUCUCUGAAGAUACUUGCUGAAAAUUCAGAAAAAAGAAACACAUGCCUUCAAUGCACUGUGCUUUCUGGUAUUCUGAGGAAGAAAAAUACAACUGCAUUAAUACAAAUUUACUACAAUUUGACACCUAAGAAUGACAAUAAUAAACAAUUUCAAAAGGGUUAAGAUUCUGUGAUGGUUAAGAUUGUGUGUCAACUCGGCUGGGCUAUGAUUCUCAGUGGCUUGGCACUUGUAUGAUGUUGUGAUCACCCCCAUGACGGGAUCUGCUCUAAGCAGCCAGUCAGCUGAAAGGGAGUUUCCCUGGGCAUGUGGCUUGCAUCGAAGAUAAAUGGACAUUCUGGCAAGGCUCGUGGCGUCUGCUUGCUCUGGAUCCUGCAACUGGCUCCUGUUCAUCUGACCUCCAGCUGUUGGGACUUGAGUUAGCAGCAGCAUACCUGCUGAAUCUUGGCGUUUGUCAAAUCUUUGCAGUCUGUGGGCAACAGCCCUGCUCUGUGACUUGCCGAUCUUAGUUUGCCAGCCCCUGCGGCUAUGUGAAUCAAGAGAAGCCUCCAGCCUGACCCAUGGACUUGGGACGUUCCAAUCUCUACAACUGCUUGAGCCAUUUCCUUAAUAUAAAUCUCCCUCUCUAUAUGCUUUAUUGGUUUUGCUUCUCUAGAGAACCCAGCCUAACCAGAUUCCUUCAACAAAAUAGAUUUAGGUCUUCAAAUCCUUUUGAACUUAGUUUUUUCACUAUUAUUCUCUCCCCAUGUCCUGCUAGAUGACCACAACAAUACACAAUAGUUAUUUUGUUACUUAACAUUUUCUAGCCUAUAACUCUUGAGAUACAUAGCCCUGAAUCCUAAAUCUCGUUAUUCACUGUUCUAAGAACCUCUCCAUCCAAUUAGACUUGUAAAUACUAGACUCCUCUCUACUCCCAAUGCUGACAUUACUCUUAAUCAUGGGUAAGUGCAAAAAGAACUUUUAAGUGGCAAGCUGCACAAAAAAACGAACCAAACCCACUACCAUUGAAUUGAUUCUGACUCACAUCGACACUACAGGACAGACUAGAACUGCCCCAAAGGGUUUCCAAGGCUGUAAAUCUUUACGGAUAACAGACUACCACCUCUUUCUCCUGCUGAGCUGCUGGUGGUUUUGACCUGUCGACGUUUUGGUUAGCAGCCGAAUGUUUUAACCACUGCACCACCAGGGCCCUGUGGCACAGCCCCACCAAAGCCAGCUUGAAAGGCAGUUUCCAACACAGCCUCACCUGAGUCUAGUUCAGCUGCCGGAUGAGUUGAUUGAUGCUUUCACCACGAUAGCCAGGUGAGCCCAUCUCCUUGAGAAAGCCUACUUUAUUCUUGGUAGCAUGACGGGCCACAGAGAGGUGGAAAGGGCACAAGAACUGUGAGAUCACCUGGAAAUACUUUCCCGGGAAGGCAAUUUCAUGAAUGAGAUCUUCCAAGCAAAUGACACCGAACUUCCCUAAGAAACAUACGGGCAAAGAUUCCUUUAUCCGACAUUAACUCAGUAUAUAACGAGAGCCUCCUACUUGCUUGAGCUGGGCACCCGGCAGGUUUUUGGGAUCCGGCAUCCAGACCACCAAAAACCUCUACUUUCCACCAACUGACCCCUCAGCUGCAGCACUCACCUAGGUGCUCCUCGAUCACUGUGUUGUCUGUCAGCGGGAUGGUCUUAUUCUUGAGCUUGGCUUGUCCACGUUUCAGGAUGAGUUCCCGGACAGACUUCAGAUUUGGAAAUCUAUGUGAGCAGAAUAAAGUCCAGCUUUAGCCAGCCCCCGGCACACUGCAUCACCCUGGCCACUCAGUUCUGCAGUCUGGCCAAGGAGAAAAGGUUCUCCCAGCCAUUCUUCUGGAGAAAGGUCAAAGAACCAGAGUGGCCCUGGCUACGUAAUUAACAAAUUAAAAUGUGUGGAUAUAGAUGUUCAGGCAAAAGAAAACAUGUCCUGGCUUAUAGUCUAGAGCUUUGGCUUCAGGUGACCCUCUACUCAAGAUGAUGCAAGAGCUGGAAAUUCAAUCCAAUCCUGUUGAGUUUUAACGCUUGAGGUUGAUGUAUUCAGGCUUGUCUGUCCCUCAGGAACUGUGCUCUUACAGAAGCACUGACCUAAAUUCUGCUUCAAGACCUUGAGAAUCAACCUCCUCUACCCAUCUUACUCCGCCUUGGCCUACAACAAGCCCUGCCAUGUAUCAUGCAGACCAUUAUUAGCAGUACUAACCCCACCCCUAACCUGCCCAAUGUUCCAGGGUUCUCGGGGCUGCCAAUUGAUUUCUGGUGACUUUGUGGCCACAGUGAAAAAUACUCAACACCCUCAAGUACAAUCUAAUGUGAACUCACAAAGAAAAUGUUACUCACCCCCAUGUCACAUAAGGUUCUACUAUACGCAACAUUUUUAAGGUUAUAGGGGUCACUUUCACAAAGACACCACUGAAAAUCUUCCUCAGGCGAAGUCUUGCAAUGGUCUUCCGCA